AUGGAUGCCCCGUCGACGGAAACAGGAACCGGGAUAGAACCUAGCACAUCUGGUAUAUCUCAACCUGCUGGGUUCCGGGAAAAGGGAACAGGCACUGGAGCUGGAGCUGGAGCGACCACGAUCGGGCCAGAAACGGGCCCUGGGACAGUAAGAGGAGGAGUCACUGAGGCUAGGACUGGGACAGGGACAGGGACUACUGGGACAUUCACACUCCUCCUCUUCGCCUCAGCCUCGACCUACACCGACAUGGAAACGCUAGUUCUACCUGCGCCGAGUUCGUUGAGGCAGGUCUUCAGGACCCUCGAGCGCCUGUUCCCCGGCUUUGCGGAAAAGGUGCUCAAAAGCGCCGCAGUGACGGUGAAUCUGGAGUAUUUGGACAUCGACCUGGAGGGUCUAGAUCCCGUGGCCGACCUGGGGGAUCGUAACUAUGGAGUAGAUGAGGAGGCGGGCAAGUAUGGAGGAGAUGAGAAGGCGGGCCAGCAAAGCACAUUUGAUGCGGAGAAGGGGGAUAUACCAGCACGACGAGAUGGAAAUGCAGAUGAAGAAUCCGGACAGGGACUGGGGUUGGACUUGCUGAUUCAAGCGGGUGAUGAGGUCGGCAUCAUUCCGCCUGUGAGCAGUGGGUAG